AUGGACUCUCUCCUCGCUAAAGCGGAUGCCAUACGACCAGCGCCGAAGAGACGGAAGAUCGACAAGGAUGGCCACCACAAGCCAAGCGGUUCAAAGCAGGCAGAGAAUAGUCAUGACAAGACCUUAAACUCUGUUGCGCGACAUACUGCCCUUCCCCCAUCUCUCCGUCUCACUUCCCCUCCGCCAGAAGGUGUCAAGAAGUACAAUCAUAUUGCAAACAAGAAACUUCGUACUCAGCUCACACGACAGUCCACUCUUGCUGCAAGGCAAAAGGCGCUACUGAAGGAUGCUGAGCUGCUGUUGACAGAAGAGGCUGGGAUGAUCGAAGCGGAGGGAGAACUGGAGAAGACAUGGAGGGUCGGUCAAAGCGAGGUUGUCCAAGCGGCGGGGCAGGAGGCGGCAAAGGGAAGAAAAGAGUGGGUGUUGGACGGUGGUCCGUACCUAUCACGGUACACAAGAAACGGAAGACAUAUGGCUAUUGUCGGAAAGAAGGGUCAUGUGGCGACGUUCGACUGGCAGACUGCAACUAUGCAUUCUGAGCUUCAGCUUGGCGAGACAUGUCGGGAUAUAACGUUUCUCCAUGACCAUUCACAUUAUGCUGUCGCACAGAAGAAAUAUGUCUUCAUCUAUGACCGCGAUGGUGUGGAACUCCAUAGGCUCAAGUCGCACAUUGAGCCGACGCGUCUCGAAUUUUUGCCUUAUCAUUGGCUGCUCGCUAGUGUGGGAAACGCUGGUUGGCUCAAAUACCAGGACACCUCCACCGGCAAGGUGGUCGCUGAACAUCGGACAAAGCUGGGUGCCUGUAAUACUAUGUGCCAAAAUCGGCAUAACGCCGUCAUUCACCUCGGUCACCAGAAUGGUACUGUUACGCUCUGGACACCGAACUUGCCGCAUCCUGCGGUCCGUCUACUGGCCCACCUCGGCCCAGUUGCUGGGCUUGGGGUGGAUCCGAGCUCUGGAGGCAGAUACAUGGCAACGUCUGGCCGGGACGGUACCGUGAAAGUGUGGGAUUGUCGAAACUGGAAAGGCGCGGUCAGAGAGUGGAAAACGCGAGGAGGUGGUGCUGAGCUUGAAUGGAGUCAGAAGGGCGUGCUGGCGGUCGCCACCGGUGGCAGCGUAAAUACAUACGCGAAGCCGGCGAUACAUUCUCCUUUUACUGGUUCAGUGCAACCCCCUUUAUACCUCACACAUCCUAUUCCCCAUCGUCCGCUUAUCUCUGUCCGCUUCUGCCCUUUCCAAGAUAUUCUCACCAUCGGACACUCUGCCGGUCUCUCCAGUAUCCUAGUUCCCGGUUCAGGUGAGCCCAAUUUCGACAGUUCGGAGGCCGAUCCCUUCGAGAAUAAGAGGGCCAGAAGAGAAAGGGAGGUGAAGAACUUGCUCGACAAGAUACAACCAGACGCUAUCACCCUCGACCCUGAAUUUAUCAGCUCACUUGCGCCCGAACCCAAACUCACAACCGCCGUCAACGACAAGAUCGAGGUGCCCUACGCCCAACUGCCACGUCUCGAACGUUUGCGUAAAAUGCGUGGAAAGAAUAAGAGCCUCAAGCGGUACUUGCGCAAGCAGAGGAAGAAUGUCAUCGAUCCGAAAGCUGUAGGUCUUGCUGGUUCGUGUGUGUUAGUCAGUGGUUAA